AUGAAAAAGAGAGUAAUUGUAGCUCACAGGGCUGAUGAUUCUAGUUGUGGUUUUAAUACGAAACUCAGCUUCCGACAGUCCAGGAAAAUUAUGCUGAAACAGCUAAGACCUACACUGCUUCAAGUAGCACUUAAAGAAAAUGUGAAUGUCAUGGCAGUAGAUUACACAGCUGUGACCCGGGACACCCACAGGGAGAAAGAGCAGGGAAAGGAUGUCAUCCUUACAAGUAUCACUCUCUCCAACCAUAACUACUUAGAACAUUUUGAGUUCUCUUUCGAACGGGAAGCUACUUGCCCCAGAUAUUUAAAAGUCAAAUAUUCUCAUUUCUACACAGGUCUGAUUACAACAACUUCAAGGAAAUUGGAUCGAGAACAGCAGGCAGAACAUUUUCUGGAGGUGACCGUGACAGAUGGUGGUUCAUCUCCAAAACAGUCAACAAUUUGGGUGGUGGUUCAGGUUCUGGAUGAAAAUGACAACAAGCCCCAGUUCCCAGAGAAAGUCUACCAGAUCAAGCUGCCCGAGCGCGACCGGAAGAAGAGGGGAGAACCCAUUUAUAGAGCUUUUGCGUUCGAUAGAGAUGAGGGGUCCAACGCAGAAAUCUCCUACAGUAUCGUGGAUGGAAAUGAUGAUGGAAAGUUCUUUAUUGACCCUAAAACUGGCAUGGUUUCUUCCAGAAAGCAAUUUACAGCAGGGAGUUAUGACAUUCUAACGAUAAAGGCGGUGGACAAUGGGCGCCCACAGAAAUCCUCCACGGCCCGCCUCCACAUUGAGUGGAUUAAGAAACCACCCCCGUCACCUAUACCGUUGACCUUCGAUGAGCCGUUUUAUAACUUCACAGUCAUGGAAAGCGAUAGAGUCACGGAGAUUGUGGGGGUGGUAUCUGUGCAGCCAGCUAACACGCCUCUGUGGUUUGACAUAGUUGGGGGGAAUUUUGACAGCUCUUUUGACGCAGAGAAGGGUGUUGGGACUAUUGUCAUUGCAAAACCUUUGGAUGCGGAGCAGAGGUCCAUCUAUAACAUGAGCGUGGAAGUCACCGAUGGAACAAAUGUUGCUGUCACUCAGGUAUUCAUCAAAGUGCUGGAUAAUAAUGAUAAUGGCCCAGAAUUCUCUCAGCCAAAUUACGAUGUGACAAUUUCCGAGGAUGUGCUUCCAGAUACAGAGAUACUGCAGAUUGAAGCCACAGAUAGAGAUGAGAAGCACAAGCUGAGCUAUACUGUCCACAGCAGCAUCGACUCCGUCAGUAUGAGAAAAUUCCGGAUUGACCCCAGCACUGGCGUGCUCUACACUGCCGAAAGACUGGACCAUGAGGCUCAGGACAAGCACAUUCUCAACAUAAUGGUCAGAGAUCAGGAGUUUCCAUAUCGAAGAAACUUGGCCCGAGUCAUUGUGAAUGUGGAAGAUGCUAAUGAUCACAGUCCUUAUUUUACCAACCCACUGUAUGAAGCAUCUGUGUUUGAAUCUGCUGCUCUGGGAUCAGCUGUUCUGCAAGUGACGGCUUUGGACAAAGACAAAGGGGAAAAUGCAGAACUCAUAUAUACCAUAGAAGCAGGGAACACUGGGAACACAUUUAAGAUCGAACCAGUCCUGGGCAUCAUCACUGUUUCCAAAGAACCAGACAUGACUACGAUGAGUCAGUUUGUCCUGUCAGUCAAAGUCACAGAUCAGGGUUCCCCGCCAAUGUCUGCCACCGCAAUUGUGCGCAUCUCUGUCACCAUGUCUGAUAAUUCUCACCCCAAGUUCGCUCACAAAGACUACCAAGCAGAAGUAAAUGAAAAUGUUGAUAUUGGAACAUCAGUCAUUCUAAUCUCUGCCAUCAGUCAAUCUACCCUCAUUUAUGAAGUCAAAGAUGGAAACAUUAAUGGGAUCUUUACCAUAAAUCCAUAUUCUGGGGUCAUCACCACUCGGAAGGCACUGGAUUAUGAGCGUACUUCCUCGUAUCAGCUCAUCAUUCAAGCCACUAACAUGGCAGGAAUGGCUUCCAAUGCCACAGUCAAUAUUCAGAUUGUUGAUGAAAAUGAUAACGCCCCAGUUUUUCUCUUUUCUCAGUAUUCGGGCAGCCUUAGUGAGGCUGCCCCCGUCAAUAGCAUUGUCAGAAGCUUGGAUAACAGCCCACUGGUAAUUCGAGCCACUGAUGCUGACAGCAACCGGAAUGCUCUGCUUGUGUAUCAGAUUGUGGAGUCCACGGCCAAGAAGUUCUUCACAGUGGACUCCAGUACAGGUGCAAUCAGAACAAUUGCCAACCUGGACCAUGAAACCAUUGCCCAUUUCCAUUUUCAUGUGCAUGUGAGAGACAGUGGUAGCCCCCAGCUGACUGCAGAGAGUCCCGUUGAAGUCAACAUAGAGGUGACAGAUGUGAAUGAUAACCCGCCUGUGUUCACUCAGGCUGUGUUUGAGACUGUCUUACUUUUACCUACAUAUGUUGGAGUGGAGGUUCUGAAAGUUAGUGCCACGGAUCCUGACUCUGAGGUGCCCCCUGAACUGACAUACAGCCUAAUGGAAGGCAGCUUGGAUAGUUUUUUAAUUGACUCAAAUAGUGGAGUGCUGACCAUAAAAAACAACAACCUUUCCAAAGAUCACUAUAUGCUGAUAGUUAAAGUGUCUGAUGGAAAGUUCUACAGUACAUCCAUGGUCACCAUCUUGGUUAAAGAAGCCAUGGACAGUGGCCUCCACUUUACACAAAGCUUUUACUCCACCUCAAUCUCAGAGAACAACACUAACAUAACCAAAGUUGCUAUUGUCAAUGCCGUUGGAAAUCGCCUUAAUGAGCCCUUAAAAUAUAGCAUCUUAAACCCAGGAAAUAAGUUCAAGAUAAAAUCUACCUCAGGGGUCAUUCAGACCACUGGAGUCCCCUUUGACCGUGAAGAACAAGAGUUAUAUGAGCUGGUGGUGGAAGCCAGCCGUGAGCUGGACCAUCUGCGUGUGGCUAGGGUUGUGGUCAGGGUUAACAUCGAAGACAUAAAUGACAACUCUCCAGUCUUUGUGGGCCUCCCUUACUAUGCUGCUGUGCAAGUUGAUGCUGAGCCUGGGACUCUGAUUUACCAAGUGACAGCCAUUGACAAAGAUAAAGGUGCAAAUGGAGAAGUGACCUAUGUCUUACAGGAUGACUAUGGCCACUUUGAAAUUAACCCUAAUUCAGGGAAUGUUGUUUUAAAAGAAGCAUUCAAUUCUGACUUGUCCAACAUUGAGUAUGGAGUCACCAUCCUAGCCAAAGAUGGUGGAAAACCCUCUUUGUCCACAUCCGUGGAACUUCCCAUCACUAUUGUCAACAAAGCAAUGCCUGUGUUUGACAAGCCCUUUUAUACAGCAUCUGUCAACGAAGACAUCAGAAUGGACACCCCCAUUCUAAGCAUCAAUGCCACCAGUCCAGAAGGCCAAGGCAUCAUAUAUAUUAUUAUUGACGGAGAUCUUUAUAAACAGUUUAACGUUGACUUUGACACCGGGGUCUUGAAAGUCAUUAGCCCUUUGGAUUAUGAAAUUACAUCUGUUUACAAGCUGACAGUAAGAGCCAGUGAUGCCCUUACUGGUGCCAGGGCUGAAGUCACUGUUGACUUGCUAGUUAAUGAUGUAAAUGACAACCCCCCUAUUUUUGAUCAACCUACAUAUAAUACAACAUUAUCUGAAGCAUCUCUUAUUGGAACACCUGUUUUGCAAGUUGUCUCUACUGAUGCAGACUCAGAAAACAAUAAAAUGGUACAUUAUCAGAUUGUCCAGGAUACUUACAACAGCACAGAUUAUUUUCACAUAGACAGUGCAAGUGGCUUAAUACUGACAGCACGGAUGCUGGACCAUGAGUUAGUGCAACACUGCACUUUGAAAGUGAGAGCAACAGAUAAUGGCUUCCCAUCGCUGAGCAGCGAGGUCCUGGUUCAUAUCUACAUCUCAGAUGUAAAUGACAACCCUCCAGUUUUUAAUCAGCUCAUCUAUGAGUCCUAUGUGAGUGAAUUAGCCCCCCGGGGCCAUUUUGUAACCUGUGUGCAAGCCUCUGAUGCAGACAGCUCUGAUUUUGACCGGUUGGAAUAUAGCAUUUUAUCUGGGAAUGACCGGACGAGCUUUCUGAUGGACAGCAAGAGUGGCAUCAUCACACUGUCCAACCACCGGAAGCAGCGGAUGGAGCCCCUGUACAGUCUCAAUGUGUCAGUCUCUGAUGGGUUGUUCACCAGCACCGCACAAGUGCAUAUCAGGGUACUCGGGGCUAACCUGUACAGCCCUGCCUUUUCACAAAGCACCUAUGUAGCUGAGGUGAGAGAGAAUGCGGCCGCUGGGACAAAGGUAAUUCACGUUCGAGCCACAGAUGGGGAUCCAGGGACAUACGGGCAGAUCAGCUACGCCAUCAUCAAUGACUUUGCUAAGGAUCGAUUCCUCAUAGACAGCAAUGGACAGGUCAUCACGACAGAAAGACUCGACCGGGAAAACCCUCUGGAAGGAGACAUUAGCAUUUUUUUGAGGGCCCUCGAUGGUGGAGGGAGAACGACUUUCUGCACUGUGAGGGUGAUUGUUGUGGAUGAAAAUGACAAUGCUCCCCAGUUCCUGACAGUGGAAUACAGAGCCAGUGUCAGGGCAGACGUUGGAAGGGGACACUUGGUCACUCAGGUUCAAGCCAUGGAUCCAGACGAUGGAGCCAAUUCAAGGAUUACUUAUUCCCUGUAUAGCGAGGCCUCGGUCUCAGUGGCUGACCUCCUGGAAAUCGAUCCUGACAAUGGCUGGAUGGUCACAAAGGGCAAUUUUAACCAGUUGAAAAACACAGUGCUGUCAUUCUUUGUCAAAGCAGUAGAUGGGGGCAUUCCAGUAAAGCACUCCCUCAUUCCUGUCUAUAUCCAUGUCUUGCCCCCCGAAACAUUCUUGCCUUCAUUCACCCAGUCUCAAUAUUCUUUUACUGUUUCAGAAGAUACAGCCAUUGGGAGCACGGUGGACACCCUGAGGAUUUUGCCCAGUCAGAAUGUCAGGUUCAGCACAGUUAAUGGAGAACGACUAGAAAAUAACAAAGGGGGUGUCUUCAUCAUAGAACAGGAAACAGGCACGAUCAAGCUUGACAAACGCCUUGAUCAUGAAAUUAGCCCAGCUUUCCACUUUAAAGUAGCAGCAACUAUACCCCUGGACAAGGUAGACGUUGUGUUUACCGUAGAUGUAGAUAUCAAGGUAUUGGAUUUGAAUGACAACAAGCCAGUCUUUGAAACUUCAAGCUAUGAGACGAUCAUAAUGGAAGGGAUGCCGGUCGGCACCAAACUCACACAGGUGAGAGCUAUUGAUGUGGAUUGGGGAGCCAAUGGGCAGGUCACUUACUCCCUCCACUCGGAUUCCCAGCCUGAAAAGGUAAUGGAAGCAUUCAAUAUUGACAGCAACACAGGCUGGAUCAGUACCUUGAAGGACCUGGAUCAUGAGACAGACCCUGCAUUCACCUUCUCCGUGGUGGCCUCUGACCUCGGAGAGGCCUUCUCUCUUUCUUCCACGGCUUUGGUCUCUGUCAGGGUGACAGAUAUAAAUGACAACGCACCAGUCUUUGCCCAUGAGGUGUACCGAGGUAAUGUGAAGGAGAGUGACCCACCAGGAGAGGUGGUGGCCGUCCUCAGUACGUGGGACAGAGACACUUCAGACAUUAAUCGCCAAGUGAGCUACCAUAUUACAGGAGGGAACCCUCGAGGACGGUUUGCCCUGGGCCUGGUGCAGAGUGAGUGGAAGGUCUAUGUGAAGAGACCUCUAGAUAGAGAAGAACAAGACAUUUACUUCCUCAAUAUCACUGCCACCGACGGGCUCUUUGUCACACAGGCCAUGGUGGAAGUGACUGUCAGUGAUGUGAAUGACAACAGCCCAGUGUGUGAUCAGGUUGCAUAUACAGCAUUAUUUCCCGAAGACAUUCCAUCAAAUAAAAUCAUCCUGAAGGUCAGUGCUAAGGAUGCCGAUAUUGGAUCCAAUGGAGAUAUACGAUACUCACUCUAUGGAUCUGGAAACAAUGAAUUUUUUCUAGAUCCAGAAAGUGGUGAGUUAAAAACCUUGGCUCAGUUGGACCGUGAGAGGGUCCCUGUGUACAGCCUGAUUGCCAGGGCCACCGACGGGGGUGGCAGGUUCUGCCAAUCCGAUGUGCGCCUGAUCCUGGAGGACGUGAAUGAUAACCCCCCUGUGUUUUCUUCUGACCACUACGAUGCCUGUGUCUAUGAGAACACGGCCACCAAGGCGCUGUUGACCAGAGUUCAAGCCACGGAUCCCGACGUUGGCAUCAACAGGAAGGUCGUCUACUCCCUGGCCGACUCGGCCAAUGGAUUCUUCUCCAUUGACAGCUCCUCCGGCAUCAUCAUCCUGGAGCAGCCGCUGGACCGAGAGCAGCAAUCCUCCUACAACAUCAGUGUGCAGGCCACCGACCAGAGCCCUGGACAGGCCCUGUCCUCUCUUGCCACUGUCACCAUCACUGUCCUGGACAUUAAUGACAACCCCCCUGUGUUUGAAAGGAGGGACUACCUGGUUACUGUGCCUGAGGACACCUCCCCUGGUACUCAAGUCCUUGCUGUUUUUGCCACCAGCAAAGAUAUUGGCACAAAUGCUGAGAUUACGUAUCUCAUCCGGUCUGGGAAUGAACAAGGGAAAUUUAGAAUCAACCCAAAGACAGGGGGUAUUUCUGUCUCUGAAGUCCUGGACUAUGAAUUAUGCAAAAAAUUUUACCUAGUGGUGGAAGCCAAAGAUGGGGGCACUCCAGCUCUCAGCACCGUGGCCACAGUCAGCAUCAACCUCACGGAUGUGAACGACAACCCUCCCAAGUUCAGCCAAGAUGUCUACAGUGCUGUCAUAAGUGAAGAUGCCUUGGUCGGGGACUCUGUCAUUUUGCUAAUAGCAGAAGAUUCAGAUAGCCAGCCCAAUGGACAGAUUCAUUUUUCGAUUGUGAGUGGAGAUCAGGACAAUGAAUUUGCUGUGGAUCCUGUCUUGGGACUUGUGAAGGUUAAGAAGAAAUUAGACCGGGAACGGGUGUCUGGAUACUCCCUGCUCAUCCAGGCAGUAGACAGCGGCAUUCCUGCAAUGUCGUCAACGGCCACUGUCAACAUUGAUAUUUCUGAUGUGAACGACAACAGCCCAGUCUUUACACCUGCUAACUAUACCGCUGUGAUUCAGGAAAAUAAGCCAGUAGGCACCAGCAUCUUGCAGCUGGUGGUGACAGACAGGGACUCCUUUCACAAUGGGCCUCCCUUCUCCUUCUCUAUUUUGUCGGGAAAUGAAGAGGAGGAGUUCAUAUUGGACCCACAUGGGAUCCUGCGGUCAGCCGUGGUCUUCCGGCACACGGAGUCUCCGGAAUACGUGCUGUGUGUCCAGGCAAAAGACUCAGGCAGACCUCAGCAAGUGUCUCACUCCUACAUCCGCGUGAAGGUCAUCGAGGAAAGUAUCCACAAACCCACAGCCAUCCCCCUGGAAAUUUUCAUUGUCACCAUGGAGGAUGACUUUCCUGGUGGGGUCAUUGGGAAGAUCCAUGCCACAGAUCAAGACAUGUAUGAUGUGCUCACAUUUGCUCUGAAAUCGGAGCAGAAAAGCUUGUUCAAAGUGAGUAGUCACGAUGGGAAAAUCAUCGCCCUGGGAGGCCUUGACAGCGGCAAGUAUGUCCUGAAUGUGUCAGUGAGUGACGGCCGCUUCCAGGUGCCCAUCGAUGUGGUCGUGCACGUGGAGCAGCUGGUGCACGAGAUGCUGCAGAACACCGUGACCAUUCGCUUUGAGAAUGUGUCCCCCGAGGACUUCGUGGGGCUGCACAUGCAUGGGUUCCGGCGCACCCUGCGGAAUGCAGUCCUCACCCAGAAGCAGGACAGCCUGCGCAUCAUCAGCAUCCAGCCCGUGGCAGGUACCAACCAGCUGGACAUGCUGUUUGCUGUGGAGAUGCACAGCAGUGAGUUCUACAAGCCGGCCUACCUGAUCCAGAAGCUGUCUAGUGCCAGGAGACAUCUGGAGAACGUCAUGCGCAUCUCAGCCAUCCUGGAGAAGAACUGCUCGGGGCUGGACUGUCAGGAGCAGCAUUGUGAGCAAGGCUUGUCACUGGAUUCCCACGCGCUCAUGACCUACAGCACGGCUCGCAUCAGCUUUGUGUGUCCGCGCUUCUACAGGAAUGUGCGCUGCACCUGUAACGGUGGACUGUGCCCGGGGUCCAACGAUCCUUGCGUGGAGAAGCCGUGUCCAGGGGACAUGCAGUGUGUUGGUUACGAAGCCAGCAGGAGACCGUUCCUCUGCCAGUGUCCACCAGGGAAGCUCGGGGAGUGCUCAGGGCAUACAUCUCUCAGCUUUGCCGGAAACAGUUACAUCAAAUACCGGCUUUCUGAAAAUAGCAAAGAAGAGGACUUUAAGCUAGCUCUGCGUCUGCGAACCCUGCAAAGCAAUGGGAUUAUAAUGUACACCAGAGCAAAUCCCUGCAUAAUUCUGAAGAUUGUGGACGGUAAGCUGUGGUUCCAGUUGGACUGCGGCAGCGGCCCCGGCAUCCUGGGCAUCUCCGGCCGCGCUGUCAACGACGGGAGCUGGCACUCCGUCUUCCUGGAGCUCAACCGCAAUUUCACCAGCCUGUCCCUGGACGACAGCUACGUGGAGCGGCGCAGGGCACCCCUCUACUUCCAGACGCUGAGCACGGAGAGUAGCAUCUACUUCGGGGCCCUGGUGCAGGCGGAUAACAUCCGCAGCCUGACCGACACGCGGGUCACGCAGGUGUUGAGCGGCUUCCAGGGCUGCCUGGACUCGGUGGUGCUCAAUGACAACGAGCUCCCGCUGCAGAACAAGCGCAGCAGCUUCGCGGAGGUGGUGGGCCUGACCGAGCUGAAGCUGGGCUGCGUGCUCUACCCCGACGCCUGCCAGCGCAGCCCGUGCCAGCACGGGGGCAGCUGCGCCGGCCUGCCCUCCGGGGGCUAUCAGUGUACCUGUCUCUCACAGUUCACUGGGAGAAACUGUGAAUCCGAGAUCACAGCCUGCUUCCCAAACCCCUGCCGGAAUGGAGGCUCCUGCGACCCCAUAGGAAAUACUUUCAUCUGCAAUUGCAAAGCUGGGCUCACUGGAGUCACGUGUGAGGAGGACAUCAACGAGUGUGAGCGGGAGGAGUGUGAGAACGGGGGCUCCUGUGUCAACGUGUUUGGCUCCUUCCUCUGUAACUGCACCCCGGGCUACGUGGGCCAGUACUGCGGGCUGCGCCCCGUGGUGGUGCCCAACAUCCAGGCCGGCCACUCCUACGUGGGGAAGGAGGAGCUCAUCGGCAUCGCCGUGGUCCUCUUCGUCAUCUUCGUCUUGAUCGUCCUCUUCAUCGUCUUCCGCAAGAAGGUCUUCCGCAAGAACUACUCCCGCAACAACAUCACGCUGGUGCAGGACCCCGCCACGGCCGCGCUGCUCAACAAGAGCAACGGCAUCCCGUUCCGGAACCUGCGCGGCGGCGGGGACGGCCGCAACGUCUACCAGGAGGUGGGGCCCCCGCAGGUGCCCGUGCGCCCCAUGGCCUACACCCCGUGCUUCCAGAGCGACUCCAGGAGCAACCUGGACAAGAUCGUGGACGGGCUGGGGGGCGAGCACCAGGAGAUGACCACGUUUCACCCUGAGUCCCCGCGCAUCCUGACAGCCAGGCGGGGCGUGGUCGUGUGCAGCGUGGCCCCCAACCUCCCCGCCGUGUCCCCUUGCCGCUCUGACUGCGAUUCCAUCCGGAAGAAUGGCUGGGAUGCGGGAACUGAAAACAAAGGGGUUGAUGACCCGGGAGAAGUGACCUGCUUUGCAGGCAGUAAUAAAGGCAGCAAUUCUGAAGUUCAGUCCUUGAGCUCCUUCCAGUCGGAUUCUGGCGACGACAAUGCGUCCAUAGUGACUGUCAUUCAACUUGUCAACAAUGUAGUUGACACUAUAGAGAAUGAAGUGUCUGUCAUGGAUCAAGGACAAAACUACAACCGAGCCUAUCACUGGGACACCUCUGACUGGAUGCCAGGGGCCCGCUUGUCGGACAUAGAGGAAGUGCCCAACUAUGAGAACCAGGAUGGAGGGUCUGCACACCAGGGCAGCACACGGGAGUUGGAGAGCGAUUACUACCUGGGCGGCUAUGACAUCGACAGCGAGUACCCACCCCCUCACGAAGAGGAGUUCUUGAGUCAGGACCAGCUGCCCCCUCCUCUUCCAGAGGACUUCCCGGACCAAUACGAGGCCCUGCCACCCUCCCAGCCUGUCUCACUGGCCAGCACGCUGAGCCCAGACUGCAGGAGAAGGCCCCAGUUCCAUCCCAGCCAGUACCUUCCUCCUCACCCAUUCCCCAAUGAAACGGAUUUGGUGGGCCCGCCUGCCAGCUGUGAAUUUAGUACUUUUGCUGUGAGCAUGAACCAGGGCACAGAGACAGCAGGCCCAGCAGACAAUGUGUCUCUAUCCUUGCACAAUUCCAGAGGCACCUCGUCCUCGGAUGUGUCAGCUAACUGCGGCUUUGACGAUUCCGAAGUAGCCAUGAGUGACUAUGAGAGUGUGGGAGAGCUCAGCCUUGCCAACCUUCACAUUCCCUUUAUCGAGACUCAGCACCAGACCCAAGUGUAGAGGACACACCUCGAGUGCUUUGCACUGUUUGUUACAGAAAUGUGGAAUGAGACUGGCUGGGCUUGUGUCUCCAUGGAGAGGAGUGUCUUGAGCAAGAAGGAAAUGCGGUAUUUUCCCCUAGAAACUUCUAAACAAAGCAUACUGUCACGAGCAAGCUCGACUCCAGUUGGAUGCAAAGGAAAGGCACAGAAAUUGUUUCUGAGAAGUGACUGAUAACCCUUGCAGUAGGUUGCUGCGUUCAUGAUCAAGAAUGCACACCAAGUUUUUCAGGGG